UCGCAAAGUGAGAUAUCAGGGACAAAUUAACAAGUGUCUGAAGCCAUGAGAAAUUUGGCUAUGCGCGUAGCCGAUUCUGGGGUCAUUAAGGGUGUACACAAGUUCCCGCAAGAAUCGCUGGCCAUGAGCUGUUGAACUAAUUGAGCGGUUGGGGUUCACAUGAACUGGUGACAAACACGGGCUUACGAGCCGAAAGAUUCCAUCAGCGCAUGUUGUCAUCUUGGCGCUAGCCGGGCACGUCCAACAGCACACCGUACCGUACCCACAAACGAACCCACACCGCAAUGUCGAGAGAAAUGGGCUGGCGCUCGACCAUCUCGUCCUCGAUGCGCCGGGCGGUGUCCCACGGCGACCUGAAGCAGGCGAACUCCGCGCCGCGGACGCAGACGUGGCGAGAGUGGGCCGGCGCGACGGGGCAGCGUAUCUCCGCCGGCAUCCGCGGCGGCGGCGGGGGCACGGGACGGGACACCGAGCGUAUCGCGAUGUUCCCUGGCUGGGCGGCGAGGCGCUAUCGGUCCGACGAGAUUGGGCUGCAUCAGGACGCGUUUGACGUGGAUCUGUUUGUUUCUGGAUUCGCCUCGAGCCACCGGGCACCCGAGUUUGCGAGCCGCUCGCAGCGCGCGUUUAUGAGGUUAGCCAAGGGAUUCGCUGCACUCCCGAAACUCGAUGGCAGCCCGCUCACUGCGUCCACCGAGGAGCUCAUGAAGACCGUGCAGCUUCCUCCACCACCAGAAGAUAUGACGGACGACUACGAAGCACAGGCGCUUGAGCAACAGUUCCAGCGACUCCGCGUAGAAACCAACGAGACCGCCAGUAACGAUGCCGAUGACGCCGAAUCUGUGGAAUCCACGUCGCAGUCUACGCCCUUCCACGUCCCGAGCGCGAUCUACCGCCUGCACAAGAACCUCGAGUCCCGAAUACAGCCCUUCUGGUCCUCCGUGAUCCCCGCACGCACAGUCCGGCUGCACCUGUACGCCGCGCCGCACAAGGCCAACAACCACGCAGCCGAAGAGCGGGACGCGAUCGAAUACGGCCCGAUCGCGACCCGCGUUCUCACGACCGCCGUGGACGGCAGCUUCCAGGCGCGGAUGCAUGUGUCGUUCGAGGAGCUCGCGCGCCAUCCCGGGGCGCUGCACAUCGCGUUCGGCGAGGCGACGGUCGAGCACGAGCUGCUCGUCACGGCGGAGCUCCUGCCCCCGAAAGCGGGGACCUCGAGCGCAGCGCGCCUCGCCAAGACGAACGCGCUGCACAUCCCGCUGACACACUCGCGCGUGCGCGUGAUCUCGGACGUCGACGACACGGUGAAGCUGUCGGGCAUCCUCAGCGGGUCGCGCGCGGUGUUCUACAAUGUGUUCGUCAAGGAGUAUGACGAGAUCGUGAUCCCGGGGAUGGGCGAGUGGUAUACUGCGAUGUGGAAUCGCGGUGUACGGUUUCAUUAUGUUUCCAACGGUCCGUUCGAACUAUUGCCAGUGUUGAUGGACUUUUUCCGCUCAGCACAGCUGCCGCCUGGGAGUGUCAAGCUGCGGUCGUACGCGGGACGGUCACUGUUCAGCGGGCUGCUCUCGGCGCCAGCCGCCCGGAAACGAGCAGGUGUGCAGGAACUGGUUGUUGCGUUCCCAGACUCCAGCUUCAUCCUCAUCGGGGACUCGGGCGAGCAAGAUCUCCAGCUGUACGCCGACAUUGCGCGCGACUACCCUGAGCAGGUGCUGGCGGUGUUCAUUCGCGACGUCGACACGAACGAAGCCCCCCUCGACGAUCCGACGGGCCAGAACCACGCGAUGCUCGACCAGAUGCCCCAGCGGUCCUGGUCGACCGCCUCCAGCACGUCAUCACGGCCCCCAACGCCGUCAUCAUACCACCCACCGAGCAACAACUACUUCCUGUCUGCGACGACACCCAUGACGACGGAACCGGAACCCAUACCCUCGAUGGUCGCGAGCAACACUGCGGCUGUCAAUCUCAAAAUACCGAAUUCCCGUGCUGGUACUGGCAUGGAGCAGCCGAAUCGCCGCCGUGCCGAGCUGCAGGUUAGGGUCUGGCGCGCUAGGAGACAGAUCCCGCCACACAUUCCGUUGCGGCUUUUCAGGGAACCCAGGGAAUGCGUGGCUGAGGCGGACGGGAUACUUGCGGGACUGCGGUUGUAGAUGUAAAAUAAGUAUAAGAGCAUUGUAGUUUUAGGAGCAGCAAGUUUUCAAGGAAGGAAAUUUGAAGGGG